AAACUUCAGGGUCCAUCCUUUCCCCACACACUUUUUAUAUAACAACCAUCGCCGUCUGCGUCACACGCAUCACGUUAUCGAACAGAUUGGUUCCGAUCGAGCCAGAAACACACCAAAACACAAAUUAGGGUUUCAAUGGCGUCAACCGCUGCGGUGCCGUUUUGGAGAUCUGCUGGUAUGACCUACAUAACCUACUCCAACAUAUGUGCUAACCUUGUGAGGAACUGUCUCAAAGAACCCUACAAAUCCGAAGCAAUCAGCCGUGAAAAGGUCCAUUUCUCCGUCACCAAAUGGGCCGAUGGCAAGCCUGAGAAGCCUACUAUUAGGUCUGAUACUCCUGAAGAGUGAAGCAGGAAUAUGUUACAUUGUGUUCAUGUUACCGAAGUUGAUUUCUGAAUUACAAAGCCUCGCCUUUAAAGUUAACUGGCUUGCUUCUUGAACAACGCACUCAUUAAUAAACAUUUUGGUGAUUUGUUUUUUGUAUUUGAAGAUUGUUAAAACGGAUUUUGUUGAAUCCAGUACAAUGAUAAUGAAGACUAUAAGGUGCACACUAGCCAUUAGACAAUAAAUGGUGAGGGCGUUUUUGAUUUCUAA